CUGUCAGGGAGUGGUUGUACAGUCGGAGCCGCCGGACGUUUGACAUUAGCAGCGACUGGAUUGUACCGAAGGGGGAGGUUCCGUAGUUGUUUCCGCUAGUGGAUUUACUCAUCCGGAUGGCUGUGCUGUACCUGUGGGACGGCAGCAGGCCGGGCCUCUCCUGAGCCUUCCCUAGCGCUCCCACGAGUGAGGGGGAAGCAGCAGCAGCCGGACCCCCAUGACGGACUGAGCGGUGUCGGUCCCGCAGGGACUGUAGGAAGUGCGAGUAACCACCGGACUCAAUUCCCCUACAAGUAUCCCUCCCCCCUCUCGGGAGAGCAACUUGAGCUGCGCCAUGACUGCCACCCCGGCCAACAGCGGCUCCAACCCGAGGAAAUUCAGCGAGAAGAUCGCGCUGCACAACCAGAAACAGGCCGAGGAGACGCGCGCCUUCGAUGAGCUCAUGUCAGACCUGACAGUGUCCCGGGUCCAGUUCCAAAAGCUGCAACAGUUGCGACUUGCACAGACUAGGGCUCAGUAUUACGGCGGCUCUUUGCCAAAUGUCAACCAGAUUAGCAGCAGUCCGAACGAUUUCCAGCCUUCUUUUCACCCCAUGGAUAAUAUACGAGGUAUGCGCCACCAUGGACUUGUGGAGAGAGUUUCCCGUAAUCGCCUUCACUCUUCUCAUCACAGACCUGUAGAGAAGCAUGGACGUCAAUGUGACAGCUCUCCGUAUGGAUCUGUUUAUCUCUCGCCACCACCUGAUAAUAACUGGAGAAGGCAGCAGCCACCUUGGAACGAAGAGAAACGGCCAGGAUUUAGACUUUUAUCUGCUCUUAACAGAACAAAUUCUGAUUCAGCCCUUCACACCAGCGCCUCAAGUAGCAAAUUGCAAGAUGCUUUUAUGGGAGGAAACCAAGCUAUGCUGCGCGCCCCAAAACCCCCGCAACGAAACCCAAGUUUACAAGAUGGUGAAAUGAACAACUUUGGAGAAGCUUUCUCUUACCCUACUUCUAUGACGGAGGAGAAUAUGCUGAAUGUCACUAAGCCACUGCCCAAGCAAAUAUGGGAAGCUCAGAAGGUGGAGUAUUUUAUUGUGUUACGUUGCACACCUGUGCUAUAAUAAGCCGAUAUCAGUUCUGUAUGGGGAUCUGCAACUUAUCCAACAUGCUCACUGAUAUAAAGUAACAAUAAUAUUGGAGCCUCUCCGAGCAAUAGUCUUUUGGCUCCUGGGAUCAGUGACCUGUUCAAAAGGUGGAAAGAUUCAGAAGUAGAAAGCAAAUAAUUAAAAAAACAACAAGUAUGAUGAUUAUGAAUUAUGUAUUAUUAUAAAUGUAUUUAAAUUAUACAUUACUAAAAGUUAACUUAAAGGUAAGCUACCCCUUUAAUCGCUUGUUACUCUAUAUAUGAAACAAAACACCAUUCUGAUUUCUGGCUUCUACAUUUUUUUUUCAGGUGGAUUUUACGGCCUGUCCAAGGUUUAGGGUUAAUAAUCCA